AACUCAGUCGCCCCACACAUUUCUCUCCAUCUCUUUUUUCUCUUCUCUCCCGACCUCCACGGUUAGGGUUUCCUUUUCACCUCACGCCUUCGUCAUCAUGAUGCAACCCGGCUCCGGUGUUCCUCCGCCGUCCAUGGGCCAGCAGCCGCCGCCCCAGCAGUACGGCCAGCAGCCCCCCGCCCAGCCCUACAUGAUGAUGCCGCCUCCACCGUCCGCCGUCCAGCCUCCGCCAAUGUGGGCCCCCCAGCCGCACAUGGCCCCGCCGCCUCAGGCUCAGCCCGCCAGCGCCGACGAGGUCCGCACGCUCUGGAUCGGCGACUUGCAGUACUGGAUGGAAGAGAACUAUCUCUACAGUAUCUUUGCUAAUACCGGCGAGGUUGUUAAUGUGAAAGUUAUUCGCAAUAAGCAGACUAGUCAAUCUGAAGGAUAUGGGUUUAUUGAGUUUGUAAGUCGAGCUGCUGCAGAAAGAGUGCUUGAGACAUACAAUGGUAUCACUAUGCCAAAUGCUGGCCAGGCUUUCAGAUUGAACUGGGCAUCUGCAGGGGAGAAGCGAUCUGAUGAUACUCCUGAUUAUACCAUAUUUGUUGGGGACUUGGCUGCGGAUGUCACAGAUUAUACCCUACAAGAGAUCUUUAAGGCCCGUUAUCCAUCGUGCAAGGGAGCUAAGGUUGUCAUUGACAGAAAUACCCAGCGUACCAAGGGAUAUGGGUUUGUUAAGUUUGGAGAUGAGAGUGAACAAUUGCGUGCGAUGACUGAGAUGAAUGGAGUUGUUUGUUCUUCAAGACCUAUGCGAAUUGGGCCAGCUGCAAACAAAAAUGCUGGGGGCAAUCAGCAAUAUUCAAGAGCUUCAUUUCAGAGUUCUCCAGGUGCAAAGAAUGAGACCGAUCCCAAUAACACAACUAUAUUUGUUGGAAAUCUUGAUGCCAACGUCACCGAUGACCAUUUGAGGCAAGUUUUUAGCCAGUAUGGUGAGCUGGUACAUGUGAAGAUACCUGCAGGCAAGCGAUGUGGGUUUGUUCAGUUUGCAGACAGGAGUCGUGCUGAAGAGGCUUUGCAAGGAUUAAACAAUUCAACAAUUGGUGGACAAAAUAUCCGACUUUCUUGGGGUCGAAGUCCUUCAAACAAGCAGCAGGCUCAGGCAGAUCCAAACCAAUGGAAUGCUGGCUACUAUGGAUAUGCACCAACCCCUGAGGGAUAUGGAUAUGCCCAAGUGUCCCAAGACCCUAGCAUGUACUACGGAGGCUAUCCUGCUGGAUACGGGAAUUACCAGCAGUCGCAGCAGCAACAGCAACAGCAAGUUGGUUUUAGUUGAGUGUUGUGUUGAGUUUUAUCUUGCCUUCCAGCUCUAGAGACUUGAAAUAAGUUUAAGAUACUGGUUGAGAUAUUUUUCUCUGUUUUCUGAGAAGUACUUUGUCGGAUGUAAUCUGUAUCACUAAGUUUUUAACAAUUCAAGGAAGCCUUCUCUAUUA